UUUAGGGGACUAAUUUUUAUUUUUCAAGAAAAAUUUAAUAAAAAAAAUCUAAUAAAAUAGUUAAAUAGGUGUUUUUUUGUUUUGAUAAAAAUAACAAUUUUACUUAUUAUCAUAAAGUUUAUUUUAACAAUUUUUGAAUGAACUCUAAAGUAGAAAUAAAAUCAAAUAAAAUGCUUGUGUACAAGAGUGUUCUUAAAAAUCAUGGAGUUGAAUGAUAAUUCAUCCACAAAAAAGUCAUCUAGAAAAAAAUCAUCAACACCAACUUUAGUUAUUAAAAAUUUUGAAGCGGAUAAUACUGGGAGUGUAAAACAAAGUGUUGUUUGUACAUUUUGUUCGAAGAGAACUGAAGAAAAUUUUGCAAUUUUAAAUGAUAAACCAGAAUUGUUAGGAACAUUAUCACAACUGGAUAUAGAAAUUUUACCCAUCAAUGAUUACCUUGAUUAUAUUUGCUAUCAGUGCGUAUUCAAAAUUCAUUGCAUACAGGAUUAUAAAAGAAUUUGGACUGCAAACAUUAAUAAAACUCGAAUUAAUCAUUAUUAUCGUUGCGGAAAUAAAGAAAUGGUGAGGCGCUUAAUAACAUUAAAACCUUCAACAUCAGCAAGAGCAACGCAUCAGUCUAGAACCAGAAGUAAUGCGUCAUCAUUUAAUGGAAAUCAAAAAGAAGGCAGUAUAAUAAGUCAUAGUACUGAUAAUAAUAGUAAUUAUGGUAAAGAUGAUUGUUCACAAAACUCAGAGAAAGAAGUUUCGCAAACCUCAAGAAAACGAACGUCUAGUGUUAGUUCAUUGAAAAUAUCUAAUGUUAAUUCAUUACACAGUCCUGUACUAUACAAUAAAGAAAGACGACGAAACACUUCAUUAGUUAAUUCAGAAUUAGGAAGCAAUAUGCCAAGACGGUCUUCAAUAUUGACAAAUGAAACAACUGAUUUAAGUCAAACGAAUAAUAGUUUAACAGAAAAUGGCUUUUUUCAAGAAAAUUCAAUUCAUACUGCAAACGAUUCAAUAUCCACACCAAAUAGUAAAAAAUCUCCAAAAACUAAGCAACUUUUUGGAAAGGGAUCAACUCCAACAAAUCCAAUUGACACAUUAUUAAAUGUUAUGUACGAAGAAAAUGAACCUGCUGCGAUGACAGAAUCAGGUGGAGAAAUUGCAUCACGAAUGUCACUUUAUAAAGAAGCCGUAACAAUGAAAUGUAAAUAUUGUGAACGGGUUUAUAAAAGAGUAACAUUUUUAAUAAAACAUCAACGUAAACAUGAACGCGAUAAUCAAAGAACUACAUCACUUAAAUCAAUAAGCUCAAAAGCAACUACAAAGCCUGUUACUGUUUUUGAUUGUCCAGAAUGCGAUGAAAAUUUCCCGACCAAACGUUUGUUAAAUAAGCAUAAAAAAGUUCAUUUAAAAACCCUUACUUGCCAAUAUUGUUCAAAAAUAUUUAUUUUAAAAUGGGAAGCUGAUUUUCAUGAGGCAAUUUGUUCUGGUACGACCCAAGCAAAACAAUCUAAAAUUGCAAAUCCAAGUAUUUCUAGUAAUGUUACGAGGUAUUACACUAGAUCUAUAAAAAGUAAAAUCAAAAAGACUGUUGAUGGUUCUAAAACUGAAAACAAUUUUAAUAACAAUGAAGAAGAAAUGGAAGAAGAUGAUGAUAACGAUUUGUCAGAUACGACUGACAUCGAUUCACUAUUCUCUAGUAGAAUGCGUAAUACGAAAAGAUGGACGGAACAAGUAACAGAAAUGCAAAACGAAAAUGAUGUAAAUAAUACAACUUAUAAUGAUACUGGACAUUUUUUAAAUUUAUAUAACAAACAUCAUAUAUAUAAUAAAGAAAAAGAUAAUUUCUCAACAAGUAAAACCAGAAAUUCUAAAAGGAAACGAAGUGAAAUUGUCCCAAAUAAAGUUCAAACACCGAUUAUCACUUAUGAUCCAUAUGAUGAUAUCUCAAAUGAAAGCUACCAUGAUGAUAGAGUUUUUUUCUUUAUAAAAUGCCAAAACAAUGGUUGCGAAUACCAAAAUGUUAAAUUACAAAAUGUUAUGGCCCACGAUGCUGAAACUCAUGGUGUUCGACCAUUGUACUACUGUAAAAAAUGCAAAAAGUCUUUUUUAAGAAAACAUUAUUAUAAAUUACAUAUUGAAAAUCAAGAUCCUGGUUGUUACUUAUGUUAUAAAUGCCGUGCAGAAUUUUUUUAUGAAGAAUUAUUACAUUCACAUUUAAAUGAACAUCAUUUUAUGGAACUAAAUAAUGAAGUAUAUCCAUGUAUAAUAUGUAAUAUGCAAUUUUUAGAUGAAACCACUUUAAUGCGACACUUUGCCACCAGAGAACAUUUAAUAUUAAAAGCUAGACCUAAAAUAACUUUCAAAAUUAGAAACUCUUAUCGUAUAUUACAAAAAUCACAACAAAAUUCUAAUAAUAAUGAUAGUAAUAGUAACAGUAAUAGUAAUGAAAAUAGUAGUAAUAAUAUGAUAUAUGAUUCAACAUUGUUAAGGGAAGGACAACUAUUACAAAGCAAUUGUAAUUUGGAAAAUAAUAAUUCUGUUAAAAAUGAAAGCGAUUCAAUACAAAAACAAUAUAGUCAAAGUAGAAUACUUAAAUUAAAGAAAUUUGAAAGUAAAAAUUAUAAAUACGAAUGUAAUUGUAUAAAAAAGAAUUGUUAUAAUUGUCAAAAACAUAGAAAAAUGAUUCCUUCUUAUGGUAAAGAACCAAGGCAAACAAAAUAUUUUCCACAUCGUAGUUGUAAUGAAGUUAGAUUGCCAUUUUUAAAAACCUGGUGGUUCAGAUAUUUAGAUGGAUAAUAAUUUCUUUUUUUUAUUCUUUU